AUGUCCGAGACCAAGAAUGAGGGUGACCGCCGGCCAGAGAGCUUCCACGCUCACCACGCCAGAGGGGACGACGUAGAGUCGUCUCGAGAUGGCUCAGAUUCCAGCAGCCAUGCAUCGGAGGACGGCAACGACCUAGACCGCUACUCAACGCACCAUUCCAUGGGGCCGGACGCUCCUGUUCAGCCUGAGAGCUCCGUCAUUGAGAUUCCCGAUGAAGUAUACGAUCGGCUUCCAAGUCAUCGCAAAUAUGUCAUCGUCUCGCUGCUGUCCUUCUGCUCCUUCCUAGCUCCAAUCUCCAGUACAUCGGUUCUGGCCGCCAGCCCCGAAGUAGCUAAAGAGUAUGGGACCACGGGAUCAAUAAUCAACUUGUCCAACGCGCUGUACAUGUUAAUGAUGGGCCUUUCUCCCAUGUGCUGGGGACCUUUGAGCCAGGUUUAUGGUCGAAGAUGGGUCACUAUAGUCACAGCAGUAGCCUUCCUUGCUUGCUCCAUUGGCACUGCACUAGCGCCCAACUUGGCGGCGUUCUUUGUAUUCCGAAUUCUGAGCGCCUUUGAGGGUACAUCAUUCAUUCUGGUUGGGUCAUCCGUGAUUGGUGAUAUGUAUCGCCCGACCGAACGCGCAACAGCUCUAGGCUGGUUCUUGUCAGGAACGCUGAUCGGUCCUGCCUUCGGGCCGUUUCUUGGUGGCAUUAUAGUCACGUAUACGACCUGGCGCGUAAUCUUUUGGUUACAAACAGGUCUCGCAGGUAUAGCAGCGGUAGGAACAUUUUUCCUACUCCCGGAGACCAUCUAUCACAAAAAGAUCGAUGACCUCGUUGGGUACAGUGGCAAGGAGAAGGGGAAGAUCCUCUGGAGCAUGAUAAAUCCGUGGCGCGUGAUCCGCCUGUACGAGUACCCAAAUCUCCUGCUGGCCGGGCUCGCUAGUUCGGCCCUGCUGUGGAACAUGUACUCGAUUCUGGCCGCGAUUCGCUACGUGCUCAACCCGCGCUUCAACCUCACGACGCCGUUACAGGGCGGCCUGUUUUACCUUGCGCCAGGGGUAGGCUACUUACUGGGCACUUUCUUUGGCGGGCGCUACGCCGACAUUGUGGUGCGGAAAUAUAUCAAGAAGCGAGGCAUGCGCAUCCCGGAAGACCGGCUGUACUCGUCCUUGCCGUUCAUGUCGUUCAUCGCGGCGUGCAUGUUGGUUUACGGGUGGACGAUCCAGAUGGACAAGGGCGGCAUCCCGCUCGCCGUCAUCAUCCUGUUCCUGCAGGGUUUCGCGCAGCUGUUCUGCUUCCCGUCGCUGAACACGUACUGCUUGGAUGUGAUGCCAGGUCGCUCGGGCGAAGUCGUCGCCGGCAACUACGUGCUGCGAUACCUGUUCGCCUGCGCCUCGACGGGCGCCGUGCUGCCGGCCAUCGACGCCAUCGGCGUGGGCUGGUUCUCGACCAUCAGCUCGGCCAUGAUGCUGUUCGGCACGCUGAGCGUGCUGGCGACGAUCCGCUGGGGCCGCAAAUGGCGUGAGGAGAUCGACGCGAAGAAGAAGGCUCAGAGGUAUCGACAGAGGCAGGCCCUGAGGAACGGGCCAUUGACCGCUGCCGGCCACGACGUCUGGGAGGCUGCUGCCGAGGCGCCGGCUGCCGCGAAUGGAGGCGCACGGAUGACGACGCCCGUGAUGCAGCAGAGAAAGGACGAAGUUUGA